GAAGAAGGUUUGGCUGCUACUGGUCUCCCUGUUGUUCUAAAAAAGGAGCUCCUUUUUUGGAGUGCGUCGUCGAAAAAGGGUAGAAGAGUCGAGGGGAGUGUGAGGAUCGAAGAUGUGCGGAGGAGCGAUCAUUUCCGACCUCAUUCCGGCAACGAGGUCGGCGCGGCGGGUCACCGCGGACUACCUGUGGCCGGAUCUGAAGAAGGGGGGAGCCAGUGGGGCGAAGAAGAAGAGGAGGAGCGGCAAUCGCCGGGCUGUGGAGGUGACCGAGGAUGAUUUCGAGGCCGACUUCCUGGAAUUCGACUACGAGUCCAUGGAUUCCGAAGUGGAGGACGAGGUGGAGGAUAAGCCGCUCGCUUUCGCCUCCAAAGCAGUCACUCUGAAAUCUGUAGAAUUCAAUGGACCUGCAGCUAGGUCUACUAAAAGGAAGAGAAAGAAUCAAUACAGGGGAAUCCGGCAGCGUCCUUGGGGAAAAUGGGCAGCUGAAAUUAGAGAUCCUCGUAAGGGGGUUCGCGUCUGGCUUGGAACUUUCAACACUGCUGAAGAAGCUGCAAGAGCCUAUGAUACAGAGGCCCGUCGUAUCCGUGGCAAGAAAGCCAAAGUGAACUUCCCUGAUGAGGCACCACCAAUUGUACAAAAGCGCCCCCUCAAAUCAAAUGUAGCCAAAGCACCUAAACUGAACCCAUCAGAGAAGCUUAACUUCAGCCAAUUUACAAAUUACCUGAAUGAACCAGAUCAAGAUUUCUACUCUGCUUUUGAUUUCAUCGAUGAUAAGGGACCCAUCAAGCAAUCCAUAAACACAUGUUCCUUCUCUGGGAUGAAACCAUCUCCACCUACUGAUGGACCUGCAAUUAACCUGUACUCUGACCAGGGAAGCAACUCUUUUGAUUGUUCUGAAUAUGGCAGGGAAGGCGAGGCUAAAACUCCUGAGAUCACAUCGAUUCUUACUCCAACCAUGACUGAAUCUGAAGAAUCAGCAUACUUUGAAGGUCCCCAGCCGAAGAAAUUGCGAAACAAUGCUGGAGAAAUGGUGCCUGCUGAGAACUCUGCUGCUAAUAUUUCCCAGGAACUAGCUGAUUUUGAAUCAUACUUGAAAUUUCUGCAAGUACCUUAUCAGGAGGGGGGCUCCGAUGAAUCUAUUGAGAGCCUUCUCGGUAAUGAUGUGACUCAGGAUAUGAACGGUGUGGAUCUCUGGAGCUUUGAUGACCUGUUUCCAAUCACAGGCAGUGAUUACUGAGGAACCACAUCUUCUCACAACUGGUUCUGUAAACGGGAUGCAAGCGAAUCAACGCUGACGACGAUACAGAGAACCAGUUAUGCUAUAUAUGAUCACUGGUCGGAACUUUGGUUAAUUCUAUUAUCCCCGGCGCUAAAUAUCUUAUGUUAUGUUGCCUCCUAAAUGUUCCUGUUAAACACUGAGACUUGGUUAUGCUUACUUGUCUGGUGGCUAUGUGGAAAAUGGAACAAAUACUGCUUUAUAUCUAUGUUUGUCAUUGUUGCUCUUGGAGAUGCUUGGACAUCCUUCUUUUGAAGUUAAACAGUACAUCCUUCAA